GGCGUACGCGAGGAAAGGAGGGGGAGUAGGAGGGAGAGAGAGGGAGGGAGAGAGAGGGAGGGGUGUUGAAGAGUUAAGUAGUUGUGGUGGGUGAAGAAAGUCGGUCAAGAUGAGGAUUAUGAUCAAAGGUGGUGUUUGGAAGAACACCGAGGAUGAGAUCCUCAAAGCCGCGGUGAUGAAAUAUGGCAAGAAUCAAUGGGCGCGCAUAUCCUCUCUGCUAGUGCGGAAGUCGGCGAAGCAAUGCAAAGCGCGCUGGUACGAGUGGCUCGAUCCGAGUAUCAAGAAGACAGAAUGGACCAGAGAAGAGGAUGAGAAGCUCCUUCACUUGGCGAAAUUGAUGCCAACGCAAUGGAGAACGAUCGCUCCCAUCGUGGGGAGAACGCCAGCUCAGUGUCUGGACAGAUACGAGAAGCUUCUGGACGCCGCAUGCGCCAAGGACGAAUCUUACGAGCCGGCGGACGAUCCGCGGCGGCUCCGCCCCGGAGAGAUCGACCCUAAUCCAGAGUCGAAGCCGGCGAGGCCGGAUCCGGUGGACAUGGAUGAAGACGAGAAGGAGAUGCUAUCGGAAGCGCGCGCUCGUCUGGCAAACACGCGCGGGAAAAAGGCGAAACGAAAAGCGCGGGAAAAGCAGUUGGAAGAGGCGCGAAGAUUGGCGUCGUUGCAAAAGCGGCGGGAGCUGAAGGCGGCGGGAAUAGAGAUCAAACACCGAAAGCGAAAGCAGAAGGGGAUAGAUUACGCUAACGAGAUACCGUUCGAGAAGCGGCCGCCGCCUGGGUUUUACGACACGUGGAAGGAGGAGCACGUGGCUCAGGAAGAUCCCUCGUUCGUGAAUGUUACCCUAGAGGAGCUGGAGGGGAAGAGGAGGGUGGACAUCGAAGCGCAGCUGCGCAAGCAAGAUAUUGCUAGGGGGAAGGUAUACCAAAGGCAUGACGCGCCGGCGGCGGUCCUGCAGGCCAACAGACUCAACGACCCCGAAGCCGUCAGGAAGAGGGUGAAACUGAGCCUGCCUGCGCCGCAAGUAUCAGAUCGAGAGUUGGAAGAGAUUGCGAAGAUGGGCUAUGCGCAGGACCUUGUGAAUGGAUUAGAUGAUGGCGGCGCGGGGGGGGGAGGAGGAGGAGGGGGNAGGCGGACGCCUGGCGGGAAGGGCGAUGCGAUCAUGAUGGAGGCGGAGAAUUUGGCGCGGCUGCGAUCCAUUCAGACCCCCUUGAUGGGAGGGGAGAACCCUACCCUCCACCCGUCCGACUUCUCGGGCGUGACGCCCAAGGGGCGGGAGGUUCACACGCCGAGUCAUAUCGUGGCAACUCCGCUUCGAACUCCUGGCGGAGGCGGCGGCGCCGCCGCGGCGGCGGCCGCCGCCGGCGGUAGCGCCACUCCGUCGUCGGUCGUGCGCAUGACGCCACGUGGCACACCUGUCAGAGAUGAGCUAGGCAUCAACGAGGAUCUUGAUACCGUUUCCGCGGGAGGGACCGGGAUGGGCGGCUCGAUGAUGGGAAUGGGAGAGAAGCUCAGGGAGGCGGAGCUGCGGAGGAACGUGCGGGAGAGCUUGACUGGUCUCCCCACUCCGCGGAACGAGUACCAUAUCGUGAUACCCGAUCUUCCGCUGAAGGAGGAGGAGCAGGAGGCGGAGAUGGAGGAGGACAUGGCGGAGAGAGAAAUUAGGUUGAAGGCGGAGAAGGCGGCGAUGGCGGCGGCAAUGAUGAAGAAGCGCUCUCAGGUGGUGCAGAGGGGGUUGCUUCGGCCCGCUGCCGUGUCGUCCUUCUCCUCCUCCCUCCGGCGUCAGCUGGAUGCUCCCCCUCCCCCUGGUGGUGGUGGGUUCUCCUCCUCCGUCUCUGACAUCGAGCAAGCAGAUCGCCUUGUCAAGGCCGAGAUGCUCGCAAUGUUCCAGUACGACGCCGCGAUGGCGGCGGAAACCGAAGCCGCUGCGCCGCCCCAUGCAGCAGCGGACGGCGGGGGGGCUUCCGCCGCCGCCGCCGCCGCCGCCGCCCCUACCGGCAAGACGAAAAAGAAGAGUCAGGCAAAGCUCGGCGCGCAGCCGAAUGGCGCCGCCAUGGAUGAUCAAGCGCGAGCGGAAGCCUUGGCGGCUUUCCGCGUGGACGAAUUCGCGGAAGCGGAGCUCAAGGAGGCGGAGAAGUUGAUGGCGGCGGAGGAGGAGGUGCUGCGCGCCGCGUGGCGCCAUCCGUCGCUCACUGUCGAGCACUUCGCCGAGAUCGAGGAUGGAUUCAUAGAGGACUGGAUGUAUUUCCCUUCGAAGAGAGGGUUCGGUCUUGCCAGCGUGGCAAUCAACGCCGAGAAGAGGGAGGCGCUUCAACACGAGUUCGACCAGAUUCGCGGUAGGAUGGAAGUCGAGGCGAAGCGCGCCAUGAAGAUGGAAAAUCGACUGAAGAUCGUCACUGGAGGCUAUCAGAAGAGAGCGGAGGUUUUGAGGAGGCAAUUAGAUGCGACGGUGAAGCAGGUAGAGACACUACACGCCGAGCUGGAGUGCUUCAAGUGUCUUCAUCGCCACGAGAUACUGGCGGCGCCUAGGAGGAUCGAAGGCUGUCAAGAGGACGUGGACAAGAUGAAGGAGAGUGAGAGAUCCUUGCAAUUGCGCUAUGAGAAUCUGUCUGUCGAGCAGGAGAACUUGCGUAGGAUGGUGGAAGAGCAUGAGGUGGCGCUGAGAGCUGCUAAAGAGGCGGCGGCGAGAGCGGCGGAGGAUAUGGAGAACAGGAUGGCGGAAAUGGCAGAGGCGGAGGAAAGGAUAGAGAGGGAGGCAGCCGAGGCGGCUGCGAGGAAGAAACUCGAGAAGGAGAAGGAGGAGGAAGAGGAGGAGGAGGAGAAGCGUAGGAGAGAGAGAGAGCGGGAAACGGAACUGCAGGAGAAGAAGGAAGCCGCUGAAGAAGAGGUCGGCCAGAAGGAGGGGACUAAGGAAACGCAAGGGAUUAACGGAAAGAGCGAAGAGAGUAACGGUAAGAAGGAAGAGAUUGGCGGAAAGAAGGAAGAGAUUAACGGAAAGAAGGAAGGAGGGAUGGACGGAGAGGAAGCUAUGAUCGAGAGCGAGAAAGAAGUGGAGGAGGAGAGAAAGGCUGGGGAGAAGGGAGAGGAGAACGGGGGGAAAGAGGCAGUGGAGAAGAUGGAGGAGAUGGCCGUGGAGUCGUGUGCGAAAGCGGGCGAGAGGGAGGAACGUGGGGAGGAGAAGGCAGAGGCGAAGAAGGGAGAGGUGCCCGUGAAGGGGAUGGAAGCGGCAGGGGAAAGGGAGGGGGAGGAGACUGGCGAGGAGGUGGAGAGGGAGAAGGAGGAGGUGGAGGGAGAGGAAAUGGGAGAAAGUGGGAGAAGAGAGGUGGGUGACGAGGGACGGAAGGAGGAACAAGCGGCAAGAGAGAGAAGAGGAGAGCGAGAGGAGGAGACAGACAUGGAUAGGGCAAGGGAGGAGGAGAAGGUGGGAGGAGUGGCGGCGGAUCGCGAUGCGGCGGGAAAGGGGACCGAGAAUUUGGCGGGAAAGGGGACCGAGAAUUUGGCGGGAACAGACAGUAGAAGAAAUGACACUGUUGAUGAGCAAACGGAGGAAGCUACGGCUAUGGAGGUGUGCGAAAUGGAGAAGAGAGGCGGCCAGCUGUCAUCAUCGACUGAUAGCGGGAUGAAUGAUGAGGGAAAGGAGGUGGCUGAUCUUGUUGAUCGUGUCAGAACCGACUCAGAGAUGAAGAUCGACGAUCGAGAUGUGAUUAUGGAGGAGGGGUCGGUGAGAGAGGAGGAGCCUUCGGUGAAGGGUCACAUGGGGGAGGAGGUUAGACAACAGGAGGUGGGACGAGGAGAAGGAGGUGGUGGUAUGCGGACAUCGCCGCUGAGAGAGGAGAGAAGAUCCGCAGAACAACAUGAGGAUGAGAAAGAGAACGGCGGCUCACUGAGACAUGCGGCGGCGAAGGAGGGCAGCGGCGAUGGGGGUAAUGAUGAUGAUGUGGCCGCCGAUGAAGAGAGAUCCCGAUCGAAGAUGAGCACGUCGACGCCCUCUUCGUCGAGAUCUUCGUCUUCGUCGGGAUCUCCGUCAUCGUCGGGAUCGUCGUCUUCUUCCUCAUCGGAAGAGGAAGAGAAAGGAGGAACGAAGGAUAUGUCGCCGGCGUAGCGGGACAUCCCAGGUCCGAAUGGGACUGAGACUCGGGGUGGUCAAGAAGAGUGGGGAUGAUGAUUAUGAUGAUGAUGAGGAUGAUGAUUAGGAUGAUGAUUAGGAUGAUCAGGCCAUUGAAAGGAGAUCGGGAUCGCAGGCCGAGCUC